GUGCCGUUUUUUUUUUUUAAGUAGAAUUACGGUGUUUCUGGAGUCCAGAUUUGUGAGGUGUUCGCUUUGAGGUAGUGGCCCGUGGAGGGUCGGAAAAAGAGGAUGAAUUAUAUGCCCGGGACCGCCAGCCUCAUAGAGGAUAUAGACAAAAAACACUUGGUCUUACUGAGAGAUGGGAGGACCCUUAUAGGAUAUCUAAGGAGCAUUGACCAAUUUGCAAAUCUUGUGUUGCAUCAGACCGUGGAGAGAAUCCAUGUCGGCAAGAAAUAUGGUGACAUACCACGAGGAAUUUUUGUUGUGCGGGGGGAGAACGUGGUCCUGCUGGGCGAGAUUGACCUGGAGAAAGAAAGCGACACCCCUCUCCAUCAGGUCUCCAUAGAGGAAAUCCUAGAGGAUCAGCGCAUCGAGCAGCAGAGCAAGAAUGAAGCGGAGAAGCUGAAGGUGCAGGCUUUAAAAGAGCGGGGCCUGUCCAUCCCCAGAGCAGACACUCUGGAUGAAUACUGAUUGUUUACCAUGGACAGUCUGAUGCUGAAUGUUCUCCAAAGUACCAUAGUUAAUGUUCCAAAAGUGAAACAUUUUUUUUUCUGUUUAGUUUUUCCUUCAGUUUGUUUGGAAGAACCAUUGGCGGUGCGCUGUAAGAUAUCCGUUUAAUUUGGUUAAAUCGUUGCUUAGAAACGGCUAAGCUAUACACUCAAUAGCACUUAUGUUGAAGAACCGCUCGGCAAUUGUUAUGGGGGAAGAAAUCCCAUUAAAGGUUUCUUUUGUCAGUGCUUUA